UAUCGCUCCCGUUCCUGCAUCCAGAAGAGUCUUUCUGUUUUCACUCCUCACGCGUUUCAACAUGGACUUAGUAAAUUUUCUGCUUUCUAUUGCAGUCACCGCCUGCACAGUGAAAGUUUCUCAUCAAGGGCCAAACCAGCGCAGACUGUACAGUGACCUGAUGAAUGGAUACAACCCACUAGUGAGACCAGUCCAGAAUGACUCUCAGUGUCUCAUUGUUUCCUUCGGCCUCACCCUCAUGCAAAUAAUGGAUGUGGAUGAGAAGAACCAGGUUUUAACAACCAACAUUUGGCUACAGCUGUACUGGACUGACUAUUACCUCCAGUGGAAUCCAUUGGAUUAUCCAGGUGUGUCCAAUGUGAGAUUUCCUGACCAUCUCAUUUGGAAACCAGACAUUCUGCUGUAUAACAGUGCGGACGAAAGGUUCGAUGCUACGUUCCGUACCAACAUUUUGGUCAACUCCUCGGGCACCUGUUCCUACCUACCUCCAGGGAUUUUCAAGAGCACCUGCCACAUCGAUGUGCGUUGGUUCCCGUUUGAUGUCCAAAGAUGUGACCUGAAGUUUGGUUCCUGGACAUACGGGGGUUGGUCUCUGGACUUAAAGGUGAUGGAUGCAGAUAUCAGCAAUUACAUUGCCAACGGAGAGUGGGAUCUUGUUGAGGUUCCAGGACAAAGGAAUGAGCAUUUCUACGGCUGUUGUGAGGAACCGUACCCUGACGUCACCUUCACCGUGGUGAUGCGCAGACGGACGCUCUACUAUGGCCUCAAUCUUCUCAUCCCAUGCGUUCUGAUCUCUACUCUGGCCCUGCUUGUCUUCCUCCUGCCUGCUGACUCUGGAGAGAAAAUCUCCCUGGGUAUUACGGUCCUGCUCUCUCUGACUGUCUUUAUGCUGCUAGUUGCAGAGAUUAUGCCUGCCACAUCAGACUCUGUGCCUUUAAUAGCUGAAUAUUUUGCCACUACAAUGGUCAUUGUCGGUCUCUCAGUGAUUGCUACAGUUCUGGUCCUGCAAUAUCAUCACCACGACCCUGAUGGAGGCAAGAUGCCAAAAUGGACCCGUGUGAUCCUCCUGCAUUGGUGUGCCUGGUUCCUGCGUAUGAGGCGUCCGGGUGAGGAGCGAGUGCGUUCAGCCUGUCACAACAAGCCUCGACGGAGCAGCCUGACCAGCAUAGACCUCAACAUGAGCACCUCAGCCUCCCAAUGCACCAAUGGCAACAUGCUCUAUGUCGGCGUGCGUGGCCUGGAGAGCAUUCACUGCUCCACUGCUGCCACCUCGUCUGACUCCGGGGUCCUCUGCGGACGUCUGGUUGGACGGGCAGGCGAGGACGAGAUGCUCAUCCCAGCAGGUCAGGUCACCCCAGUUGGAAGCCUAGAAUUAGAGAUGGCCAAGAUCCUGGAUGAGGUGCGCUACAUCGCGAAAAGGUUCCGCGACCAAGACGAGGGUGAGUCUGUGUGCAACGAGUGGAAAUUCGCCGCCUCCGUUAUCGACAGGCUUUGUCUCAUGGCUUUCUCACUCUUCACUAUCCUCUGCACUAUUGGUAUCCUCAUGUCAGCACCCAACUUUGUAGAGGCAAUUUCCAAAGACUUUUUCACUUAGUUGUUCCCAGGAAAUAAAUGAUUCAUCAAAUAUUAAAGCCUACACCAAUCACUGUUCUCACAAAGUAACCAUUUUCAAACACACGGGGUAGUCAUUUGGAUACACUUACCCAUACUUAAUCCAAAGUUAAAUGUAGAAUGUAUGUGAUACAUAAACAGCUGAAUAUAUGCAUCACAUUACAUUAUUGAAAACUAGCUUUUCUCUUUUCUAUCACACAGCCUGGCUUCACACCCUGAUCCUGUUGUACUGUAUGAUUCUCUAAACUGCAUAGUAUUGCUUCAAUGAUACAAUUUGCUAACCUGGCAAGAAUGCUGUUAUUAGUUAUGCUGUGUUACCUGUGUAUUACUGUGCAUUAUAAUGUUUCUGUAAUGUGUAAUGUGGUCCAUAUACAUAACGGCUACUGUACCUUCUAUUCAAAUGUAUUUCAUGUAGCACAUUUCUAUAUCAUACAUUACGUUGUAUUACAAUCAUAAGUAGAACCAAAAGCCUUGAUUUAAAUGUCUUCUUACUUGGUUUUACUUACUGUUUAUAUUUGUAUGAUUUGAUCACUAAGAAUUUCUCAUCGUUCAAAAUGUUGUAUGUUUCAUUUUUUAUCAGUUACUUUCAAUGGGUUGAUUCUU